CGAACCACACUGAGAGACAGCUCCAGUCAUGUUACCGCUGCAGGAACUGGAGACUGGAGGCUGUAGGGUCCUGUGGUGAACAGCAUUAAGAAUCAGGAAAGAACAUGUCUCAACAGGCUGAAUUUGAGAAGAUAGCAGAGGAUGUGAAGAAGAUGAAGACCAGGCCUUCAGACCUGCAGCUGUUGGACUUGUAUGGCUUUUAUAAACAAGCUGUCGUGGGAGACAUCAACAUUGAUAAACCUGGGAUGACUGAUAUGAAAGGAAAAGCAAAGUGGGAGUAUUGGAACACAAGGAAAGUGCGUCCAUUUGCAACCGAGCAGGAGUACGAGGCUACAGUGGAGAAUGUCAGGAGCUUCCAAGAGGGCGUUGGUCAAGUCCUGCAGCAGAAACUACUCCACAGAGCGAGCACCAGGAGGAACUGGCUGGAGGAGUGGUGGUUGAACACGGCCUACCUGGAGCUCCGGACCCCCUCUCAGCUCAACGUCAACUUUGGAGGACCGGCCCCCUACCUGGAGCACUGCUGGCCCCCUGCUGAGGGAACUCAGCUACAGAGGAUCAGUGUUGGCCUGUGGUACACUCUGCAAUACUGGGACCUGAUCCGCACGGAGAGGAUGACUCCUCAUAAGGCUGGCCGAUCAGGGCUGGACAUGGACCAGUACCGCAUGCUGUUCUGCACCUGUAAGGUACCUGGAGUCACCAAGGAUACCAUCCUCAACUACUUUAAAACAGAGAGUGAGGGCCCCUGUCCCUCCCAUGUUGUGGUGCUGCGUCGUGGAAGAAUCUUUACUUUUGAUGCUCUUCAUGAUGGAAAGAUUCUAAGUCCUCCAGAGCUGCUCAGGCAGCUGCAGUAUGUGACCGAGUGUUGUGAAGGAGGGCCAGAAGGAGAUGGGGUCGCUGCCCUCACCUCAGAAGAGAGAACCACUUGGGCCAAGGCCAGAGAGCAUCUGAUCAGCCUUGACCCCGUCAACACCAGCAUCCUGGAGACCAUCCAAAGCAGUCUGUUCGUUGUCUCUCUGGACGAAGCUAAACCCUAUGCCACCGCAGAAGACUACACCCCGCUGACUUUGGCCGCUCUGGCAGGUGACCCCACCAUUCGCUGGGGAGACAAAUCGUACAACUCCAUUUCAUAUGCAGAUGGAACAUUUGGAUGCAACUGUGACCAUGCACCCUAUGAUGGCAUGAUUAUGGUGUCUUUGUCUUACUACAUAGACUGCAGACUUAGAGCCUCUGGUGGGAAGUGGAAGGGUUCAGAUAUGGUGAGAGACAUAUCUCUCCCUGAAGAGCUGCUGUUCAGACUGGAUGACAGAGUACGACAUGAUGUCCAACUUGCCAAACAACACUUCCUGGAAACGGCAAACAACCUGCAGGUUGUGUGUUGUGCAUUCACCUCCUUUGGAAAAUACGCCAUUAAACAGAGGAAACUCCAUCCUGAUACCUUUGUUCAGCUGGCAAUGCAGUUAGCCUACUACCGAAAGCAUGGAAGACCAGGAAGUUGUUAUGAGACCGCAAUGACUCGCAGGUUCUACCACGGCCGGACGGAGACCAUGAGACCCUGCACCCAGGAGGCCGUCCUCUGGUGUCAGGCCAUGACCGACCCCACGUGCACUGAGGAUGUGAAGAGGAGAGCUCUGCUGAAGGCGUUCAACAAGCACAACAAACUCAUGGCUCUGGCCCAGAACGGAGAAGGUUUUGACAGACAUCUGCUGGGCCUGUAUCUGGUCGCUAAGGAGGAGGGACUUCCUACUCCACAUCUCUUCAGGGAUCCACUUUAUGCCAAGAGUGGUGGAGGUGGUAACUUUGUGUUAUCGUCCAGUCUGGUCGGGUACCAAACGGUUGUUGGUGUUGGGGCUCCAAUGGUACUGCAUGGAUACGGCUGCUUCUAUAAUAUCAGAGAUGACAGGAUUGUGAUGUCCAUCACUGCUUGGAAAGCUGACCCUCAGACGGAUGCUGAGUCAUUGUUCCAGAACCUGUGUUCCUCUCUGCAUGAUAUUCUGCAGGCAGCCACAACCUCUCAGCUCUAACCUAAAGCACUGAACUGUCAAUAGCCUUCUUCAGAUCUUUAGGUUAAAUUCAAGUUGAAUUCAAGUCAAACUAGUUUAAUAUUGCAUAAUUAUAUUGUAUUACAUUUUACUGCUGCCAAAUAGUCCCUUGUGUUGAAUAACAAUUUUAAAAUGUGAUGUAAAGUUUUGUAAAGUUCAAAUCAGGGAUUAGAGCUCUUCCAGUCUUUGAAAAAAUAUAUUUUUUUAUUUUUUGGAAGGUGUAGCACUUAUUAGAACUUAUUGGACCAGAGUAAUUGUUUGUUGUGUCUGGAACCACUGCAGUGGAAAUAUCAGAAGAGGUCACUUUGUUCCUCAGUUGUCAAAAAUCAGUAUGACUUUUACUGGGAAAGAUUGUUCCAUUUAAAUUAUUUUAUGAAAGAGUAAAAAAGUUUGAUAUAAGAACUAGGCCUAGAUUUCAUUAGUCGUUCAAUAUUUAUACUUUAUAUCAGUGUAAAUAGAAAUGGCCCAUGAUGGAAAAAAGUACAGGUAAGCCGCCGAUUAUAAAGAUGAAUAAAGAUGGAUAUUGCUACCAAUG